AUGAAUAAAUCAUCAAAUGAAGUUGAACCAUCUUCAUCUUCUAAAAAUAUGUUAUUAGCUGCACGUGUAAGUUUAAUUCGUAUUAUUCGAGAAUUAAAUUUAUUUUCUUAUAAUCCAUGUUGGUCACCAAUAUUAACUAGAACCGAGCAAAUUUAUAGUACUCGACUUUUUCUUAUAUUUAUUUCAAUAUCUUUAUUCGUGGUUAUUAGUUAUGCUAGUUUAUCUAUUGAAACAAAUUAUGUAACUUUAAAGAAGUUUUCUAUAAAAGAUUUUGAACGACUUGAAUCACUUUAUCCAAGUACAAUUAAUAUUCCAUGUAGUGAAGUAUCAAUGUCUUUUAAUAAAUUUAUGAAUUUCUCUCCUCAAUUUCAUCAAAUAUGUUCAAGUGAAUUUAUUGGAAAAAAAUGGAUUUCAUCUUUAUUUCUCUGGAAUGCAACAUCUCAUAAUAUUUUAGAUUUUCGUACAUUUGCUUUUUCUCAUUUUCGUUCUCUUCGUUUACUUUGUCAUUUAGCACGUCAAUCUGUUAAUGAUAUUCAUCGUACAUUUAAUUCUACUCCUUUAGUUCAUCGUUAUAUUUUUUCACGAGCUCAAUUUAAUGAAAUAGCUUCUGUUCUUUUUUUGAAUUUUCAACGAAAUAUUGUCACCAAUGAAAAACGAACUGUUACAGUAGUAUCAAUGUUAAUAGCGCAGAAUGGAUUAUUCUCUGCUUUACGUACAAAUUAUUUUGUUUAUUCUGUACCUGGUUCAAAAGACUAUACAACGUCUAGUGCAGUUUAUUUGACAAUAAAUCAAACAAAAGAAACAGAAUGUGAUUGUAAACUGAGAGAAAAUCAAUGUAUAUAUCCAGCUGGUGCUUUUUAUAAUUGGACUUUACUAGAAUCAGUAAAACCAGCUAAAAACCAUCUACCAGCUCAAUUUCAGAUUCCUGGCUUAAUGGCUGGAUGUAUUCCUCUUGAUUCAAUGCGUCAAUCAACUCUUGAAUGUUUAUAUAAUCAAUCAUGUGUAAAUGCGAUAUCACUUCAACCAAAAUUUUCUGGACCAUUCAAAGCUUUAAAUGCAUCAUUAUCACGAUUUCCAUUGAAUUCAACAAUUGAGUCAAUAUUUAAUGAAUCUUUAUUUGUUGAAUCUUGGGGAAAUCAAUCGAGUUUUGAAAAUUAUUAUGCUGCUUGUGCACCUCAAUCUCUUUCCUAUAGUUAUCAAACUCGAUUUCAUCUUAGUAAAAUUCUUACAAUGAGUGUUAGUGCUUUCGGUGGUCUUGUUCUAGCUUGGCAAUUAAUUACACCAUUGUUUAUAAAAAUUUGGAAACGAAUUAUAUUGAAAAAACAACAAAUACAAUCACAUACAACUGCAGAACCAACAGCUAUAGAACGUGAAAUUUUAAGAAUGGCACCAAAACCAAUUAAUAAAGAAAUAAGCAGUUAUGUUCAUCGAACAAUUCAUAAUUUUAAUUUAUUUUCAUCUGACUAUAAAAAUAAUUCGGAUGACGAACGUAUUGGUAUUAUUGCCACUCGUUUUUAUAUUUUCUUUGUAAUUAUCGGUUUAAUCAUACUUGGUUGUUAUACAUUAAUAUUAAAACGUAGUCAAACAUAUACUAUUGAAUGGCCUUCUCUUUCACAGUUUGAAAAAUUAAAUUCAAAAUAUUCAUCAACAUUAAAUUGUCCAUGUUCACAUUUUUCAAUGUCAUAUUCUCGAAUAAUGCCACUUUAUCCUCGUUAUCAUUCAAUAUGCUCAAGUGAAUAUCUUAAAGAUUAUUGGUUAUCUUAUUUUGGUCGUGUAGAAAUUGAUACAAAUAAUACGCUUUUUAUAUCAACUGAUUUUCGAAUAACUGGAAAAUCAUUUUUUAAUUUAUUAAAUAAAUUAUGUGAAAUGUCAAAUGAAACUAUUGAAAGUGCAUUACGAGUAUUUCGAGUAAAUCGAUUAAUUACAAUAAAUGCCUUAUCAUCUGAUCAAUUUAAUCAUCAAAUUAAUAAACGUUUAAUACGUUUUCAACAGCAAACAAUAGCUUCUUUUGUUAAUUUAAUUGAAUUAAUUCGAUCAUCAAUUGAUACAAAUCAAUUAGCAGAUGAAACAUGGACAAAACUUGGACCUUUAUCUAUAUAUAAUAAUGAUACAUCACAAUGGUCAUUUCAUUUUCGAUCAAGAGACUUUUAUACAAAUUCAUGCUCAUGUAUUGAAUCUAAUCAAUGUACUCGUCCUGCUGGUUUCUAUUUUCAAACAGAUAAUGUUCGUAAUAAACCUAAUAUAACAAUACCUGGUUUAGUUCUUGCUUGUUAUGCUAUUGAUACUCUUCUUUUAUCUACAUUAGAAUGUUUUUAUCAGAAAAAAUGUAUCAAACUUCUUAUUGAUAAUUAUGAUUUUGAUAUUGUUGGUUUAGUUCGACCAUUAGAUAAACGUGCUAUUCAAAUUGAACCACUUCGUUAUGAAAAUAGUCGUUUUUAUCCAAAUACAACAAUAAAUGAAAUUUUUUUACAAUUAUUUGUUGAAGAUUGGAUUAAUUCAAGUAAUUAUACAUCAUAUUAUACACGUUGUGCACCUUCACAAUGUGUUUACACGAUAGAAAAACGUUUUGAUAUUGCUUAUAUGUUAACUACUAUGCUUGGAUUUUAUGGAGGAUUAUCUGUUAUUUUAGAAAUCAUUUUACCGCCAUUUGUUAAGAUAAUUAUAAAGCAAUGGUCAAAACGAAAAACCUCGAGACAAUCAAAUAAUUCCAAUGAAAUUACAACGAACACAACAAUGGAUGCAGUAUCUUCUUCAUCAAAAGAAACUCAUUGUUGCUUUACUAAUAUAUUUAAAAGAGUCUUAUCAGUAAAUUUAUUUGUGAGCGAACCACCAUCAUCAGAAAAACAAUAUCUAGAUCAAGAAAUUCGAGCUACUCGUAUUUAUAUAUUUUUAUUUAUAUUAUGUUUAAUUGCUGCUCUUAUUUAUUCUGGUCCAUUGAGUAAUGAAAAAGUAUAUAUUAAAAAAACAUUUCCAACAAUAGAUAUGAUCAACGAUCUUUAUCAGAAAAAUCUUUCAAGUCUUUCGUGUCCUUGUUCAAAAGCAGCUGUUCCUUAUUUUAAAUUUUUAUCUGUAACACCAAAAUAUCAUUCAAUCUGUUCAAGUGAAUAUGUUUCUCCAUUAUAUAGAAGUAAAUUCUUCAAUACAAAUGAUACAACUCUAUUAGCAUUAGGUACUCAUUAUCGUUUAUUAUCUUUACUUUGUAAUUCAUCUAAUCGUUUUGUUCAAAAUGCUAAACGAGUUUUUGGUAGUCAUGAACUAGUAAGUGUCGAAACAUUAACUCGUUCUUCAUUUGAUAUUCAAGUACAAUCAACACUUUCAUCAUAUAUAUCUCGAAUACAAGCUGAUUAUCGUCGUACACUUUCAUUUAUAGUUAAAUCUUUUAGUGUUAAUCAAUUGUUACAUUUUUUUUCAAGUAAUUGGCACAUUAAUUUUACAGAUGAAAAUGAAAAUUAUAUUAUGAAAACAUAUCCACGACGUUUUUCAUUAUCAAAUUGUAGUUGUGCUAUAUCAUCAAAUUGUAGAGAACAAUUAACAAAUGAUAUUAAUAUUGGUUGUUUUCCAUAUGAUGGAUUUCGUUUAUCAAAAUUCAAAAAUAUUUCAUUAGAAACAUUAAACAAUCAAUUAUUUGUAGAAGUAUGGACAAAUAUAAGUAAUUACACAAAUUAUUUUGAAAUAUGUAAACCAUUAGAAUGUCAAUAUAUAUUAUCUAAUAAAAAUAAUCCUAUUUUUAUGUUAACAACCAUUUUAGGAUUGUAUGGAGGUUUAACAUACAUUUUACGCUUAAUUGUUGGUCAAUCGUUAGCUGCUUAUCGAUGGUAUAUUAAAAAAUCAACAACAAAAAUAAAUACAAACGAAAUAAGCUAA